CCACCAUUUUAAUGUCGUAUACUGGGUGGGAUUUCCAAUUGAAUUGGCUGAUUCCCUCCAAAACGUAAGAAAACGUUUUGCUGCGAAUGCGAGCGUUUGUUAUGAGACAAAUCUGGGUAGUUCCUCCCCGUUUGGUUCCUAAUGAAUUUAGCCCAGCAAGGCAUCUGGGCGCUAUUGGACCACGUGACUGGUUAGGACAGCCAUCGUUUUACCUAAUUCAUGUCCAACCCAAAAUGGGAAAGGGGUGCGAGGACUGCAGAGGAUAAAACGAACAGCAAUGGUAUCGUUUAGGAGUUUUGUUUCAAUCUCAAAACCUCGUUUUUCAAAUCCUCUGCAGGUUCUAUUGGUUGAAAGAAAAAAAAAGUAACCAAGCAAAGGUGGGAUUGAACCAGCAGCUGGCCUGAACCUGUUAACUGGCAACCAGGAGCAGGAACAACAAUCCAGCCUCCUGAUUGGCUGUGACAAACAGGCUGUGGAGAGGAGGGGGAAACUAACAAUCAACUGAUUUUGAUUUGCUCUCCCCUUUUUAUUUAUUUUUUGAGGACUCAGCAGGAGGACUCAGCAGGAGGACUCAGCAGGAGGACUCAGCAGGAGGACUCAGCAGGAGGCCUUGGGCUCUGUGUUCUAACUUCCCAGACGAGCAUGGGGCAGAGCAUCCCUGGAGGCAUAAAGACUAUUGACAUGAGAGACCCGGCGUUCAGGCCUCUGAAGCUGGAGUUGGCAGCCCUGGACCACGCCAAGCCCUCCAGGCUGGAUCUGCUGCUGGACAUGCCCCCUGCUGGACAGGAGGUCCAGAUGCAGCACUCGUGGAACAACAACGACCGAUCGCUCAACAUCUUCGUCAAGGACGACAACAAACUGGUCUUUCAUCGGCACCCCGUGGCUCAGAGCACGGAUGCCAUCCGGGCCUGUAUCGGCUACACCCGGGGGCUCCACGUCUGGGAGAUCAGCUGGGCCAUGAGACAGCGGGGAACGCACGCCAUUGUCGGCGUGGCGACAGGAGACGCGCCGUUACAUUCUGUAGGCUACACGACCCUGGUCGGUAACAACCACGAGUCCUGGGGCUGGGACCUGGGACGAAAUAAACUGCACCACGAUGGGAAGAACCAGCCCAGUAAGACAUACCCAGCGUUCCUGGAGCCGGAUGACACGUUUCUAGUCCCCGACUCGUUCCUGGUAGUGUUGGACAUGGACGAGGGGACUCUGAGCUAUAUAGUGGACGGACAAUACCUUGGGGUGGCUUUCAGAGGACUCAAGGGGAGGAAGCUGUACCCUGUCGUCAGUGCUGUGUGGGGGCACUGUGAAAUACGAAUCCGCUACAUCAAUGGACUGGAUCCUGAGCCUCUCCCUCUGCUGGAGCUGUGUCGGCGCUCUGUGAGGGUAGCUUUAGGCAGAGAACGACUGAGUGAGAUCCAUGGUCUGCCUCUACCGGCCUCUCUCAAGAAUUACCUUCUCUACCAAUGACCUCGGGACCCUCGGCACAACAGAACAUGGCUCCGAUCCGUCGGCUGUCCCUGCCGGCCUCCAUAAAGAACUACCAAGGGGCUGCCCUGUGCCCUCUCAUAAUAUACACUGAGUGUCACUGUCAGCCUCCAUAAAUAACUACCAAGGGGCUGCCCUGUGCCCUCUCAUAAUAUACACUGAGUGUCACUGCCGGCCUCUGUCCAUAGGGCUGUCCCUAAUCAACUACUACCAAUUACAACUCAAGGGACGGUCCUGUCCCCUCAAUAGGGACUGCCUUGUCCCUUCACAACCCUCAUCUUGUACACUUGAGCACAGGCUCAGAACCACAGCCCACCUCUACUGGCCUCGAUCAAGAACUACCAAUGACCAAGGGAGGGUCUGGGACUCACUCACAACAUCUCUCUCCCCCGACUGCCCCGUCUGUGCCCACCAAUAGAUCCACAGAGCACGCCUCACCCUCGCUCACCGUCUUUGGGAUUGUCCCCACUGAGGGUAAACUAACCAGUUCAACAACCCAACAUAACUCCAGCUUCUGUGUUUCAUCUCCAUGAAUAAUCCUCCCAACCCUCAGGGCUCAUUUCUACUAAUCACAUUACACCACAGAGUGAGAAGAACACUGUUGUGUGAUGCUUGGCGUGUUCAAGAAGCCAUAGAGACAGUGGUUGGUGUUGGGUCAGUUUU